AACUGGUCACUCCGGUCACCCUCGUUGCUUUACUUAAACUAUGUAUAUUUACAUUAUAAGUUGAAGAGUUACAGAGUAAUUAUUCUUUAAAGAUUAAUAACAGUUUUAUCAUCAUUAUGAAACGAUCGGUAACUGAUGAAAAUGGGGAGGCAAAACGAUCUUUUGUCAAGCAAGAAUGUGUUACUUUUGGAUAUGACGGCACCUAUACUGCUUAUACUACAUCGUCUUCAUCUCCUUCAACAGUUACCCAGCCGUUGCCUGGUCAACCUCCAUUGCCCCCUAUGCCACCACCGUCAGGUGGAGUGCCACCACCUCCUCAUGUUUUUGGGCCAGUGCCCUCCCAAGUUACACCAAUUCCAGCAUGGACACAUCCUCCUGCCCCAUGGCAAUGGAUAACACCUCAAACGUCACAUUUACCACCUCCACCUCCACGCGAUAUAGUUGCGAACACGUUUCAAAGAGAAAUGCCUCUACGAGGUAAUUAUAUGAGACGUGAAAGAUUUAAUAAUAAUAGGAACAACCCAUACGUUCAAAGAAAUAAUUAUCAUCGUAAAAAUCGAAGGCUUGCACGAUUUGGACAGUCUCAAGGUCAAUUUGAACAAGCAGCAUAUUUUGGGACAACACUGAGUAGUAGUCUUGGUUUAGAAUGGCAAAGAAAUAAUUAUGCCACAACUGCAAGCAAUGCUAUUAUAAAUCACAUUCCUCCUCCUAAUCUUCCCUUACCCUCCAUUCCUCCAGGAAUUUUAACAAAUCGACAUGGGGAAGACACUUCAGAUCAGGAGGAAGUUGUAGUGAAAAAAAAUAAACAGAGGAAACCCAUGUCACAAAGUUACCCCAGUCGACCAUGGAAUCGAGAAGAUGCAGAAAGAGCUUUAACAAUUGAAAACGAAUAUAACAAACAAGUGAGAGCUCAGAGUCUCAUAAUAAAAUUCCCAGACCCUGAUUUGAACAAAGACAUUGUUAGAGAAUUUCAUCCUAGUAUUAGAAAUAUUCAUUUCCAAAGCCCUAGUGGUCCAAGGUACUGUUUCAUACAAAUGGAAGAGAGUGUUGAUAUUGAUGAAGCUAUAAAAGAGUUGGAGAAAAUACCGUUUGGAGUCGGUCAUUUAAAAGUUGAACGAAAAACCUUAAGGGAUGAAGAUGAACCAAUGCCUGAGGAAAUAGAUCCCUACACAUUAUACAUAGGAAACCUACCGGAGUCCGUUAAUGUCAAUGAAGUAAAAAAUAAAUUUCCCACAGCUGCUAGAGUAGAUGUAGGUUUUGCACAGAAAAUGAGAAAUACUCGAUAUGCUUUUAUGAGGUAUAAUAGUGUAGAUGAUUCGAUAUCUGCAUAUAAACAAGCCCAUAACCUAAUGUGGGAUACCAGAAGUAUUAUUGUUAGAUUUAGAAGGCAGCGUGGUAAUACUUGUCUUCCUGGUGAACCUAAACCAAAUGUUAAAAAAGUGAAAGAAGAACCAAACAGUAAUGCACAAGUAAAGAAUGAGCAGAAAGCUAAUCAUGCCGAUAAAAGUGUAACGAUUUUAGGAAAUAACAUAGGAAAUAGAAUACAAGAAAGUUCCAAUCAAACACAGAAUAAAGUCACAUCUCAGGUAUCAGAACAAAACACAAAUCUGCAGACCUCCACUUCCCCCUCAUCUGUACCAACUUCAAUAGCAUCUGCUAAAUCAGCACAGUUACAACAGCAACAGCCAUGGACGAGUCAACCACCUCAAAUACCUCCAGCAUCAGAAGCACCUCCACCGUGUCCGGAAGAGAGAGAAUCGGUUACAGAAACUAUAAUACUAACGGAAAUUAAGAAAGAACCAGAAGAUUAUGAGGAAAUGGACAUGUCCAGUCAUAUUCGGUCUUACAAAGAUAUAGACGAUGAUGUGGAUGACGACGACGAUGAUGACGAAGAGGAAGAAGAAGAUGACGAUUCUGACGAUGAUGAGGAUAAUGAAGGCGGUUACGAGGAAGAUGAAGAAGAAAAUAUGGAUGCAAACGGACGAUUGUCAUUCACUGACAAACAAGAAGAAAUGAUGAAAGAUUCUGAAUCAACUGAUCAUCUUGACCAAAUGUUCAGCGAAUUAGAGAACAUGAUGGCAUGAUGGCAUCUUCCAGUUGAGCAUUUUGGCGGUAAGAAAGUGCGGGUUACGUUACCGGUCUCAAGAAUUCAUUCAAGU